GUAAUAUUAUUUCCCUGUAAAUGAACACUUUUUGGACGAGGCUAGAUCGACCAAGGACCUACCUCGACCUCUUUAAUUCGGGUCGCUGUUUCCUUUGACCGAGACAUGGCUCCUCGUAAAGGCAAGGUACAGAAGGAAGAAGUCCAGGUGCAUCUUGGGCCCCAGGUUCCGGAGGGAGAGAAUGUCUUUGGGGUGGCUCACAUCUUUGCCUCCUUCAAUGACACCUUCGUGCAUGUCACCGACCUUUCUGGAAGAGAGACCAUCUCCCGUGUAACAGGUGGCAUGAAGGUCAAGGCAGAUCGUGAUGAGGCCUCCCCGUACGCUGCCAUGUUGGCUGCUCAAGAUGUCGCCGCUCGCUGCAAGGAGCUUGGCAUCACCGCCCUGCACAUCAAACUCCGUGCUACUGGCGGAAACAAGACCAAGACCCCAGGACCUGGUGCUCAGUCUGCCCUGAGAGCCUUGGCUCGCUCAGGCAUGAAGAUUGGCCGCAUUGAGGAUGUGACCCCAAUCCCAUCAGACAGCACACGGAGAAAGGGUGGUCGCCGCGGUCGUCGUCUGUAAAGGGCGCCAUUAAUCCAAAGGCUGUUGUCCAAUGCAGCCAAAGUACUGUACAAAGCAAGUAGUAUGUUCUGUGAUUUUGACCAAUAAAAUGCACAGGAAACGAUAC